CCCAUCCUCCUUUGGUAGCGGAGUGGUUGAGUCACGUGCUAUUACAAGCUUCCUGUUUAUCGCCUGCUGCUCACCGACAUUUGGACCUUGCUGCCUUACUACUUCAAAAUGAGACCGUCACUAUUUGCUUUCUAGUUGUAUUAUCAGGAUGAGGAGCUUUUUAAACUUUCGGAAAGUGAAGGAUACGUUUUCUUCCCGGAAGCACCUGAAACAGUGGAAUUGAAUACCAGGCCAGAAAAGCAACGGUGUUUCCUGCGGCAUAUUCCCAGCUUUGUGUGGAUAGAAAGAGCUCCUUUUUGAAGGGUAGAAUUGCGGCAACUUCUCGAAUACCCGCAUAAUUAUUUAAUUGUGUACCUUUUAAUUGUUCUAAUUGUUUGAUUAGAAAUGUCCAUGUUUUAAAGUUUUCAAGCUGCACCUAUUGCAUUGUCCUUUUAUUCCUGAAAGUGGAAGUGAGUGAUUUCGUUGGCUUCAUUUUAUGUUAAUUGGAAAUCGAAGGAAUCUGUCUUGCCGCCGAGAACUCACGGGUUGAGAUUUAAAUUUUUAUUUUCUGUAUUAGUGAAAGAAACUUGAAGAGCACGCUGCAUGAUUGUAGCCUGUCCAGACCCGCCCCUUGUCUCUUGUCAUUUCGGCAUUGAGCCCUUUCAUUCUCGCUGGGCUUCCACUCGCCCGGGGCCCUGAAUCGCCGCGGCUUCCCCGGCUCCGGCCCCCUAAAGCGGGCGGUGAAGAAAAGACUUCCGAAGAAAAGAUGGCCAGGUGGUCCAGGCGCAUCCCAAGGUGCUGCGGUCUUUGAAGGGGGCACCGUCCGGAUUGAGGCAGCGAGAGGAGCCCCUCUAGGUCGGUCUGCGAUGGCCUCGUCGGCUCUCACAGCCUCGGGGAUUUCAGGGAAGAAGAAUGAAGAGAUAGCUGAGCUCAUUGAUUACUUCUCGAAAUGUCAGUACCGGGCGAAAGAAGUCAAUCCAAAGGUGGAACAAAUUGAGAAACGGUGUUUGGAGCUGUUUGGCAGAAAUUACAAGUACAGCAUAAUUCAGAAUACAAAUGGGGAGGUUUGUGGGCACUAUCCUCGGCAGAUUGUCUUUUUAGAAUAUGAAAGUUUGGAACAUGAUAAAGACAGAUAUGAAAGCACUUUGCAAGUAAGCAAGCUUCAGGAUUUAGUGAAUCGGAGCAAAAUGGCAAGAUGUCGAGGAAGGUUUGUUUGUCCGGUUAUCCUCUAUAAUGGAAAGCAUAUCUGUCGUUCUUCUACAUUAGCUGGGUGGGGUGAACUGUAUGGAAGAACAGGCUACAAUUACAUUUUCUCAGGUGGUUCAGAUGAUGCCUGGGCAGAAACAGAUGAAUUUCCAGAUGAUGACGACAGUGUUAGAAAUGGAGAUUCACAGCUUUUUGACAAAGUCAGAGGUCACGAUAUUAAACUACUUCGAUAUCUCUCUGUUCGGUACAUCUGUGACCUUAUGGUGGAAAACAAGAAAGUGAAGUUUGGCCUCAAUGUGACUUCUUCUGAAAAGGUAGACAAGGCUCAGCGGUAUGCAGACUUUACCCUUCUUUCUAUUCCAUACCCAGGUUGUGAAUUUUUUAAAGAUUAUAAAGACAGGGAUUAUACUGCUGAAGGACUGAUUUUUAAUUGGAACCAGGACUAUGUUGAUGCUCCACUUUUUAUUCCAGCCUCUCUCAGCAAGAAUUUAAACAUUGACUGGAGUGAAUACCAGUCAUGGGAUUUGGUGCGUCAGACUCAAAAUUACCUGAAGUUGCUGAUUCACCUUAUCAACUGUGAUGAUGAAAGUGGACUACUAGUGCAUUGUAUUUCAGGCUGGGACCGGACGCCUUUGUUUAUUUCUCUUUUAAGACUUUCUUUAUGGGCGGAUGGUGUGAUUCACAGUACCCUGGAGCCAGCAGAAAUUUUGUAUUUAACAAUCGCAUAUGAUUGGUUCCUUUUUGGACACAUGUUGCCUGAUAGGCUUGGCAAAGGAGAAGAGAUUUUCUUUUUUUGCUUCAAUUUUUUGAAGCACAUCACUUCUGACCAGUUUUCCUGUAUUAGAAAACAAAGGAGGAAAAACUCACAGUUCAGAGAAUCUGACUUUACAGUAGAAGAUAUAUGUCAGCUAAAGAGAAGAGACAGGGGUAGCACAACCAGCCUCAGCAGUGACUUUUCAUUGAUUACAGAGGAUUCUCCAGCUGGUGCAGCCAAUUUCAGUUAUGAAGGAGUGGAGCUGACGUCCGCUGGAGGGCAGACGCAGGCAGCCUGGAGGAAAGGAAGGACGUCAUCCCCACAAACUUUGCUGCUUAACAAGCCUCAUCAGCCUGAAGAACGUCUCUUUCAUCUUGGCUUGUCUGAAGGGAAAUCUUCAAGCUCCUCUUCCUCCAACCAAUCAGAAAACAGCUUCAUGCGGGCAGGAAGUAGUCCUUUGGCUGUUCCAGGACGAAGAUCCGCCACUGAAUACGCCCGCUCUGGUUCUUCGGUCUCCACUGAUUAUGGCAGCUGGCAGAUUGUUUCAAGCUGUGGCAGCAUUCAUGACCAGGGCAUCCUGACUACUGAGUCACCUUUUCCCUUCAGCUUUCAGGAUGAGGGAACCAACGGCAGGAUGUGUCCCCCAGUUCCGGAGCGUCAGGCACGUCUGGAAGCUGUUCGAGAGGUAUUUCUUGCUGCUUAUAGUGCAACAGUAGGGCUGAAAUCUGCAUCUCCUAGCUCUUCUGGAGCCAUAACUGGACUUCUAGAACAGUUUGCACGAGGAGUGGGACUUCGUGGAACCAACAUGAUUGUUUGAUAAAGAGUAAAAUACACAAGACUAUCCAUACCUGCACAAAAUGUGCCAACCAGGGCUUCCAUCAUUAGCAGGUGGCUGCCCUUUUCAGAUGUAUACAAGCAGAAUAGGCAGUAAUUGAGCAAAUUUCAUGUGUGUUUUAAUUUAUUAAUUAUAUUUUGGGUCUAGAUGUAAAAAAGGAUGCCUUGUUUUAUAACCCUUUAUAAAAAUGAUGAUAAUACAGACUUGUUUUUUGUAUAUAAUGUAAACAAUUGUUCUAUCAUAUCCCAUUUUCCAGUUGGUGCUGAUGACUGCAAAUACUUCUGUCCUUCAGGACAACAAAUAUCAUUUAUUGGAUUUCAAGUAAUUGUCUUGUCUCUUCUUCCUUGGCUUAACCAAUAAGCCUUUUUAAAACCGUUCUUUGCAGCUCAGAAAACUGUUCAUUUACAUCUUGGCAAAGUACAAAAUUUACCAGCCAGUUUAUAGCCAUAGGGAUUUUUAUCACACAACAGUUAAGGUUUUCUUCUUAUUUUUUAAACUUUUGUUUGGAGGCACUGCCAGAAAAUUUAUGAUCAUUUGUAAAGUUAAUUACAUCAAACAAGUCAUUUAUUUUAGUGUAAAAAGAAAUAAAUUCUACAUUUACAAAUGUGAAGUAGAACUACUCACAGAUUGUAAAGUUUAUCUAUUUUACUUUCGAAUGCAGUUUAUGAUGAUUCAAGCAAAAACAAAAAAAAAGUUAAUUCCACACCUUCACUAAGUACUUUUUUAUUUAUGUUUAUUGUGUACAGCCAUAUUAAUACUUGUUUGUGAAAGAGCCUAAUUUGUUUUUCCAGUCAUCAAAUCAAUUUGGCUUGUAAUUAAUAAUUUUAUUAACAUACUUUUAAAAAUUAAGUUAUCAUUAAAUGCCAUCAUGUCAUUAGUGAUCAAUGUUGUGCUUAUUAAGGAAUAUAAUUAUUAAAAAUGAAGCAAUUGUUUAAGUGACCCCUUGCUAUCACAUUGUUUCUUCUCCCAAUACUUAAACUAUUAUUAUUAUUAUUAUUAUGUUCUAUGUUUUCAACAUAGAAGGACUACUGAUAGCAUGAUGGUAUAAAUGUUUUUAUAUGAAAAAAGUUAUUUUUGUUGUACCUUUAGAAUCUAGUAAUUUUUGCAGAUAUUUUUGCAAUGGUUUAGAAUUGUAAUUUACAUUUAAUUUUUCUGAAUUAUCAUUUUAAAUCAAGCAAUUUGGAACUGACUGAAAGAUGGUUAAGUACAUGAAAGUAAUCGUGUCCAUUGAUCCAAGAAGGAAUGACUAGUCUGACACCCCUUCACACUGAAUGCAAUUCAAAAACAAAUACCAAAUUAAGUAAAACAGUGAAAUUGUAUAUUUUUGUAUUGUAUAGUGGAUUAUUUUACCUUAACAUUUUGUCCUCAUUUUUUAAUAUGUGAAAAUCUCAAUCUGCUUGUUAAAGGCUUUUCACUAGUAUGAUAUAUGAAUGUAUCUUACAAACUAAAUUUGGUGUUUGAAAUGGUCUUUUGCACAGUGACUGUGUGUCAAGGUUCUCCACUGAUCUGCAAAUUUCUGGGUGAGAUUGGAAUUUGAUAUGUUUGUUUUGAUGGCCAUUAAUCCUAUGAAAGAACAAGUUAUUAAAAUUUUUUAAUCUGGCAGUUAGACAGUUGUCUUGUAGGGAGUCAUUGUUCUCAUUGGUGCUCAUUUGUUUAUUACACUAUUAAAUCUGAAGGCUAAAUCUUUCCAGUUAAUACUUGAAUCAAUAAUUUAGAGAUCAUUUAAAUAAAUUCUAAUAAGUAUAAGUUGAAACAGAGUUGAUUGAAUUAAUGCAUCAAUGUUCUUUGCACUUAGUUAUAAAAUCCUAUUCAGUGGCUCUAUAGGGUUCUCUUUAAAUAAGUAAAUGAAAAUGAAAAUAUUCCCAGUGAUUGUGCCACUAGAAUGGAAAGUAUGUUACAGUAAACCUGGUGGUUCAUUCAAAAUGUACCAACUUUAAUAUGAAGAAUUAUGAAAAUGAUUUAUAUGUUGUUUCACUAUGCUUUGCCUUUUAUAUAUAUAUAUAUAUAUAUAUAUAUAUAUAUAUAUAUAUAAAUCAUUUGUGUAAACUGUUCUUUCUCUGCUGUUUGAAACUUUAUUUAAAGUAAGGCACUGGUGCUACUAUUGAAAAGUUUUAUGACUAAAAUUUAUUAUCCAAUAUUAUUUGUGCUAUUAAUUUGUUACAUUCUUUGCCCCCCUUGAUGAAGUGAAUGCCUUCAUUUUUUCAGGAUUUUUACAAGUCCUUAUAAGAGCUUUGAAUGUGAAAAGUUGAGGAUUAGUUUGACAUAAUUUAAUUUUAUUGUUGAAUGGCAUUUGUCAAAAUAUCUUGUGUAUUCCAGUGUUUUACCCACUGAUUAUAUUGCCAAGGUCAAUUUUUAAAAUAUUGAGAAAGCAGCUAAAUAAAAAUGUCCGCUUUAUUUUCCUGGAAUAUUUGACCCCAAGUGCAUAUGCUUUUUUUUUUUUUUUUGGCUUAUAAUUUUUAGGUUAUUCCCAGAAGAUCUUACUUUAUGGUUUAAAUUCAAAGUGCAUGCAGUGUUUCUGCUUGGCUGCAAGUCAAGUAUUCCCCAGGAUAGUGGGUACAUAUUGAAAAUCUCACUUAAAAGGCAGUUCCCCAUGUCAGGACUCCUUUUAACAGCCAUCAGUCCUCUCCAGACCUCCCCCAGAUCCCAUUCUUGAGUACAGUUAAAUUACUUAUUGAGACUUGUGUUAACAUUUGAGUUGUUUAAUGCAUUUUAAUGAGUUUAAAAUCAAGUGACUUUGUGUAAUUUAAAGGUACUUGAAUUAUUUAUGUGUUCACUGUAGUACCCAUGCAUUUGAAAGGUUGGAUGUUCACGUGUAACUUGCAUCAUUGUUGCAAAACAAGUACCUGAGCCCAAAGUAGUUUUGUUUGUGUUUGACUGUAUUUUUCUUUUUAUUCCUUAUAUGCCUUACUUAAAUUAUCAAAUGACUUUUUUGGUUUAAGCACCCUUGUAAAAUGAUUUUAAUAUUUUUGAAUAUGCUGUAUUUUAAACAAUUCAGAGAGAAACAAUUGGAGGCCUCCUGUCUUGUGGCAAUGUGUCUAAGUAUUUGUGUAUCCAUAAAAAAACAAUCUUGCAGGUUUUAUUGUCCUUUUCGGAUCCUGUUGCCUGGCACUUGUAAUAUUAUGAAAUGUAUAGGCUAGUGCUUCCAUCUGCCUUGUUUUUCAUGAAAGCCUGCCUCUAUUGUACUCGUUACUGUGGUAACGCCAAAGACUAUGCAGCAGUAUUGAACCUGAUUCACCAUUGACCUUAUUAUUUUAUACAUGUAUCUUCUGCUGUACCUUAAGUUUCAAAUUUGUCUUUUAAAAUGUUGCCACGUGUACGGUGCAAGAGAUUUAUUUAUCUAGUAAUACUGGGCCAGAUCAUAGCUCUCAGGAAUCUUGCUGAUGAAAGAUGUUACUAGAUGAACUAUGCUUUUUCUGGCAGAAACUAAUUACAUACCAACAUAAUUGCUAUCCAAGUAUUACUUUAAUUUUACCUCAUUUAUAGAUUUUCGGUAUUUGGCAGCUGCUCACACACAACCUUUUGUGUCCGUCUUAAGUAACAGCUCCAGAAUGUAACCGACUGACUGGUACACAGGUAGCUGCUGUCGUUUUGCUUUUGUUUUUCCUCUCAAGCACUUAGAACUGUGCUCAUUUAUCAACCUCCAGUAGCUUUACUGUAUAUCAUCAACUGUAUAUAUUGUUCAAGAAUUUUUGUUGUAAUAAAUCUGGGGUGGGAUAGCUUUAUGUACAUUUGGGAUGGUAACCAUAGAUUUUAUUUUUUCAGGGUUUCCUUUUUUUUUUAUUGAAGUUAAUACUGUGGUGCACUUACAGUUAUGGUUCUUUUUAAAAACAUUUCUGUAUGUGAAGAAAGUAACACAUUUUUUGUUACAGUAUUGUCAGGGAAUGUUAAAGGGUGAAGAUUAUGAAAAUUCAUAUAAAGUGAAAUAAAAGUCAAAAACAUG